AGUUUUAUUGUUGCUAUAUCCGUGAUACACUUCCGGCCGAAACACCCCUCAAAUAAUUUGAUCAAAGCUGUAAUCUUUAAAACUUGUUUUUGGAGGAUAAAAAAACGGAGCCAAUCAAAAUUUCCAAUUGCAACAAUUCAGUAAUGGCUGACAAGAAUCCUUCACAAUCGACUAACGACAACAACAACAACAAGGAUUCAACAAAAACAAAAGUGACGGAUGUGGAUACAGACUCACUGGUUCAAUGCACGAGUUACCUCACUCGUCAUGACAUGAUCAAUUUAUCCCUUUCCUCCAAAUUCUUCAAUCACCUUCUUUUGACCUCCGAUUCCAUCUGGCAACGCCUCUUCAGGGAGCGGUGGCCGAAUGUCCAACCAUAUAUCAGUUCCCAAACCUUAGGUGUAAGAGAAGCAUAUUUAGCACGAUACAAUGCUCUGCAACAGUUUAAGUUUGUUGACCCUCUAGUUUGUAACUUACACACUGAUGAAAGAUGCAGUGAUCUCUUACUUUGCAAGAAUUCUAUAUUUUCUUCUCAGGGUCCAUACAUAAAGAUUUUAAGUAUUGAUAAACUUUUAGAAGGAGAUGAUUGUUUGGUCUCACUUAAUGAUCGUCGUGCGAGAAUUACCAGCAUGAGAUUGUAUCCUCUGAAAGAAACAUCGUUAUUUCGAAACGAGGCACAAAUAAAUGAUAAUGUUUUAGUCACCUCAAGCUCUGAUCACUCUAUUCGACUAUGGUGGAAGGGACGUCGUCAGCGAUGUUUCAGAGGUCAUAAUGGUCCUGUUACUAUACUUUCUGAUAAGUUGCUGGGUGAUGGCAGUGGAAAAGUUUUUGCAAGUGGAGGUGAAGACAGUACAGUCCGCCUUUGGUCACUGAGCUCAAGUGGAAAGCGUGGUCAGCAUGCUUUGAAAGCCACACUUUAUGGGCACGAGAAACCUAUAGUACUGAUGUCUGUUACCGGGCAUAAGGCUUCACUUAUAGUAAGCAUGUCAAAAGAUUCCAAGGUUAGGGUAUGGGAUGCCUCAAUAUCAUCAUCUGAUCAUAAUUCUAGCUGUGUGGGCAUGACUUCUGUCCCUGGCGUGCCAGUGGGCAUGAAGUGCCAUGAUUCGUUACUCUAUAUAGCUGCUGGUUCUUCCAUUGAAGCAGUUGACUUGAGGACAAUGAGAACAGCUUUUAGAACAUCAACAAUCGAAGGAAGAUUGUAUUCACUUGAUGUUAUGCCCUCUAAAUUUUUAGCGUGUGCUGGUGGACUUGGCAGAGCCAUGCUUUGGGACAUAAGGAAAGCUACAGGGACCGGGGAAGCCAUCCCAAUGGCUGUACUGGAUGAACAUAUAGGUCCAGUUACACACUUGCACAUGGAUCCGUACAAAAUUGUCACUGGAGGUCCUAAAGACCCUCACAUUAAUAUCUGGGAGACCAACACUGGGGAUCAAACAAACUCCCUGAUUUGCUCAGGCUCAGGCUCUGGAUGUUCUUCAAUGGCUGUUGAUGGUUUCCGAAUCGUCACUUCUGCUCACAAUCAAGAAUUUGAUGUUAUACGUUAUAGUGAUUUUAACACUGCUGUCUGUUCUGGCUCAUUAAAGGAUGAAGUAAUUGGUUCAAAAUUUUGGCACUCAUCCACUUCUGAUGACACUGAUGAAGCCAAUGGAUAAUUUUUCUUUCUUUGAUGUAAAGAUAUAGCACCUAAAUUUAAGAGUUUCAGAGUUGUAGUAUAUCUAUAUUGUGUCGAGAUGUUUUAGUCCUACGAAACAGAAGAAAACUUGUCUUGACAAGGAGAAAACUGUAGUUUUCUAAGCCUCGAGUCCAUAUAUAUAGUGUAACACAAAUCAAGAAUCAUAAUGCUAAAAAGUUUAGAUUA